UGGCAGAGCAGGAGGAGAAGGGCCCUGAGGCCCAGAGGCGAUACCCACUGGGCCCCACCGCCUUUUCCUGCAAGGUCCGGGCCGGGAGAGCAGCUAUGGCCGCCUUCAGCCGAAGGGACUUCUACCAGCAGCUGCUGCAGGGCUGCGUGGUCCCCACUGCCCAACAGGGCCUGGACCAGAUCUGGCUAUUGCUGGUCAUCUGCCUGGCCUGCCGCUUCCUCUGGAGGCUGGGGUUGCCCUCCUACCUGAAGCACCUGAGCACCGUGGCGGGCGGGUUCUACGGCCUCUACCACUUCUUCCAGCUGCAGAUGGUGUGGAUGGUACUGCUCAGCCUCCUCUGCUACCUGGUGCUCUUCCUCUGCCGCCACUCCGCCCAUCGGGGGGUCUUUCUCUCCAUCACCGUCCUCAUCUACCUGCUCAUGGGGGAGAUGCACAUGGUGGACACGGUGACGUGGCACAAGAUGAGAGGGGCCCAGAUGAUCGUGGCGAUGAAGGCCGUGUCCCUGGGCUUCGACCUGGACCGGGGGGAGGUGGCCGCCAUCCCCUCCCCCGUCGAGUUCAUGGGCUACCUCUACUUCGUGGGGACGAUCAUCUUCGGACCCUGGAUCCGCUUCGACAGCUACCUGCAAGCCGUGGAGAGCAGGGAGCUGAGCCGGCCCUGGGUCCAGAAAGUAGCCUUCAGCCUGGCGGCUUGCCUGCUCUGUCUCGUCGUUUCCACCUGCGUCGCUCCCUACCUCUUCCCCUACUUCGUCCCCAUCUACGGAGACCUGUUACUCCGCAACAAGAAACGCAGAGCCAGGGGCAUGGUGGUGAGGUGGCUGCGGGCCUACGAAAGCGCCAUCUCCUUCCACUUCAGCAACUACUUUGUGGGCUUCCUGUCCGAGACCACGGCCACCCUGGCGGGAACCGGCUUCACGGAGGAGAAGGACAACCUGAAAUGGGACCUGACGGUGUCCCGGCCCCUAAACGUGGAGCUGCCACGCUCCAUGGUGGAAGUGGUGACCAGCUGGAAUCUCCCCAUGUCCCGCUGGCUCAACUCCUAUGUAUUUAAGAAUUCCCUACGGCUUGGGACCUUCUCCGCCGUCAUCGUCACCUACGCGGCCAGCGCCCUGCUACACGGCCUCAGUUUCCACCUGGCGGCUGUGCUGCUCUCCCUUGGCUUCAUCACCUACGUGGAGCACGUUCUCAGGAAGCGUCUGGCCGCGAUCUUCAGCGCCUGCGUGCUUUCCAAGCGCUGCCCCGCUGACUGUCCGCACCGCCACCGCAAGAGCCCGUGGGUUCGGGCGCUGAACCUGGUGUUUGGGGCGCUGGCCGUCUUCCACCUGGCCUACCUGGGCUCCCUCUUUGACGUGGACACGGAGGAUGCCACGGAAGAGCAGGGCUACGGAAUGGCUUACACCAUCUUCAAGUGGUCAGAGCUGAGCUGGGCUAGCCACUGGGUCACCUUCGGCUGCUGGAUCUUCUACCGCCUCAUUAGCUAAGGGAGGGUGGCCGCGCGCCGUCCUCCCGCAGCUCCCCCCGAAGCGUCCCUCAGAGCGGGAGGCCUUCAGUCGUUCAGUCAAUCCAUCAUUCAUUCACUCAUUCAGUCGUAUUUACUGAGCGCUUACUGCGUGCAGAGC